CAAGAAGCUGGUCCUCUCAUCAGUCAGCGGAGAGGCAGGCCACGAGCAGGAUGUCGUCAGCUGUGGCCUUCUUGCUGAAGGGUGACUGGGACGAGCAGCCUGUCGGCUCCGCCCCCAAGAUGACGUCAUCCACCACCACGCGGCCGCCGGGGUUCGUACAGUGCUACGUCUGCCAAAGGGAAUUCGGGUCUCGGUCCAUCGAGAUCCACGAACCUCAGUGUCUCGAAAAGUGGAGAGCCAGAAACGCCAAGUUGCCAAAGACGAGGCGGGAGCGCACGCCCUCGCCGCCUGCGGGCCACCCACUCCACGCACACGUCGACCGAGGAGACAUGUCGCCCUCCCCGGCAGCCUACACGCCCACGUCAGACCCCGACGAGCUCAGCACCUCCUGGUCCCACCCUGGAAAGCCGCCCGCGCAGCCUCAGAAUGGGCGGCCGCGCUCAGCCUCCUUCAGCGAGGGCAAGAGGAAAGUCCGCCCCUCCACUGCCACGCUGGAGAAGCCCAAGGUGCUCGACAUGAGCCUCCGACAUGAAGUGGACAUGAGCGAGAUGAGGCGCGACAUGCUGGACCAGGUGAUCCUCACGAAGGACACCCACGGAGGCUCCAGCGACUACUCCAGCGACUUUACUUCGUCUUCGCCUUCGUCAGUGGGCAGCAAAAGCCCCUUCGAUGACGAGGCCACGUCGUCCGGCCGUCCACCAUGCGGCUGCCUCGACCCUCUCGCCACAUCGCCGUGCCGGUCAUCACGGCCCAAAACUCGCGCCCCUCCAAGAAGACUUCCAAUCUCAGAAGCUUCCUGCCGAGGGGACGUCGAAGGCAGCUCGAAGAGGUGUUCACGGGGCCAAAGGAUAAAGUAAAGAUCCCCGAACCGUGCCUGACGUGCGGGAAGGAGCAGAACCCGGAGCGGUUCCACAGCCACCCGCUCGACAUCAUGAAGUUUAAGCCGAAGACGGAGGAGCGCGCCAAGGCCAGGGCGCUGAGCAAGCUCAUCGUGACCAAACCCACGGCACUCAAGUACAAAAGUCGAAGCGUCGACAUAGAGAACAAGGCCCCGGGCGGGCGGAGGAGCAAGCUGAAGCCGCCCUCGACGGCCACCAAGAAAUCCCGCAGCGUGGACAGCUCGCCCGUCCCCGCGAAGAAGGGCCAGAGCGCGAUCCCGCUCAAGAAGUUCAUCAGUGAACAAAAGGCUUCCAUGAACAAAAACAAAGACUUCACCGUCGAGAUUUACGACGCGCAGUCUUCGCCGAGGAGCGAGGGCAGCUCCAGCCCGCCGGCGCCGCAGAGAAGGCGCGAGACGUCCAGACAGAACGGGGAGACCGAGCGCAAGAAGGGGGCGCCACCUCAUCCUCGACACAUGGGCAAGAUCGAGGAGGAGCGUGAAAGCCGACCUGAAGAGACCACGAAGAGCCCGCGGAGGACAGAGAGCCACCGGAACGGCGCCCACCCGCGUGUGCUACAUCUGCGGGCGGGAGUUCGGGAGUCGGUCCUUAGCCAUCCAUCAGCCACAGUGCCUCGAGAAAUGGAGGCGGGAGAACGAGAAACUACCACGCAACCUACAGCGUCCGGAACCCGAGCUUCCCGAACACGAACUCACACACGAGGAGUGGAAUGAGUACGCGUGGAAGACGGCACAGGCCCAGCUCGUGCCGUGUGAAUGGUGUGGGAGGACCUUCUUCCCCGAGAGGCUCGAGGUUCACCAGCGGGGAUGCAAGCCACCUCCAGGAGCGGCGAAGAAGGCGCAGAGGUCCUCGCAGAACCGCCCCGACACUUCAUCCAACCUCAACGCCUCUCUAUCCAUGAGCAAACCCACGAUCGUCUGCUACAUCUGCGGUCGCGAGUUCGGCUCCAGCUCCAUCAAGAUCCACGAGCCGCAGUGUCUGAAGAAGUGGCGCAUUCAGAACGAGAAUCUGCCGGAUAACCUCAAGAGACCCGAACCCAAGAAGCCAAGAAGGCAAGGUUGACAAGGAAGCAAUGGCGGAGGCGGCGUGGAAGACGCAUCUCGAGACACUCGUUGCAUGCAAGUGCGGGCGGACCUUCUUCCCCGACCGUCUUAUCGUGCACCAGAAGGCGUGCUUGAAGGAGGCGUGAUAGAGGCGACGGCGCCCUCAACCUUGUGAUAGAAACACGCUUCCCCCGGGGAAAGUUCCUUUUGGAUGCCUGCUACCUGUUUUACACGCGUCCGCCGCCCCUCUCGACAUCCAGGUUUCGAAGCUGUCCGUCUCGAACUUCCCGGUUUCGAAGCAGCCGGUCUCGAACUGUCUCGAACUUCCCGGUUUCGAAGCAGCUGGUUUCGAACUAUCUCGAACUUCCCGGUUUCGAAGCAGCUGGUUUCGAACUGUCUCGAACCUCUCGGUUUCGAAACUGUAUGUCCGGCGACUCUGACUAUGGCCGUAGACGUCGUGUGUGUCGUCGGGCCUCGAGACUAAAGCGGGCCGCUGUGAAUGCUCAGUAUGCUUGUGUAAAUAGACGAUUCAAAAGAUUUUUUUUUUUGAUGCAAGACAGACAUUAAUUUUAUAAGGCUUUUAUGGACCCCCUGUUGAAAAGAAAGAAAUAAGAAGAGGCUUUGUGAAUAACGAGACGAACUCAGGACAAAAAUAGAAGACGAGGAACUGAAUGAACUGACGUAUUAGCUCAGCGGGGACGUGCACACCGAUCAGUUUAGUUAUUCAAAAGGCUAAUUUUGCUCACAUUUAAAUUACGUAUAACAUGAUAAUGAGGGGAAAAACUCAUGUUGAAGAAAUGUGCUUCAAGAUAACUGCUUAGAAAAUCGUUAAUAGAAAUGCCAUCAUAAU